CGCCACUCCCAUUUUACUUACCGUUAGGGGAAAGACGGCUCACACACAGAGUCUAUGAGUUAUUGGGGUACAGUCAGCGCUUCACCAUACAUUGUCCGCAUCAAUUUUACGCAGCGUUGACGCUUACAUGUGCGCUCCUCGUUGUGCCAUAAGGGAAAGAAAGGAUGGAUGGUUCAGUUGUGCUCCUCUUGUUCUGUCAUCAGCGGAAGAAUGGCUGAGAUGUGUGUGCUUUUCACUGUACGAUCAGGGGAAGAAUGUUUGAGUUGCGCACUUCUUGGUGUACAAUCAGAAAAGGGGGGAGAAUGGUUUAGCUGCACACCUAUCAUCAGGGAAGGUAUGGUUGGCGCUGUGCGCGGUUGGAGUUGCGCACUUCUUGUUGUGCAAUCAGGGGAAGAAGGGUUGAGCUGUGCACCUAUCAUCAGGGCAAGAAUGGUAUGGUGGCACUGUGCAGUUGUCAUUUGUUCCAUGGGGGAAAGUAUGGUUGAGUUGUGCGCUUCUUUGAGUUGCGCACUUCUCGUUGUACCAUCAGGGGAAGAAUGGUUUAGAGGGUCGACAAGUGAUCGCACGGCGCGCUGCGAGAAGUGAAGGAACCGGUUGGCAAAAUCCAUGAAAUGAGAAAGGGCUGCACGUGCAAAUGCGGAAGAGCAAGACCAACACACCAAGUCGUAGAUUGUUGACGUCUGCGUCUGGACAAGCGGAAAGACUCAGGGUGUGUGUACACCUGGACUUGCCUGGUUGUUUCUGACGACUGUUGCAGCAAGGCUUUCACCGGAAAGCUUCCAGUGUCAAAAGCCCCCGGAGAGGAUAUGCAAGGGCUGAAAAACGAUAAAUCACGUUGAGUAAGAAAGUUCACGAAGCAAACGAGGUAGAACGGACACAAGGGAGUUGUCGUGAGGCACGCUACUCAUCAUGUGCAAUCCGGCCCUCGUUGCUGUCUUGUGAUAUCUUCAUCCAGGCCUCGUUACCCUCCCACCAACGAUGCGUAACUGAGUUGCCGCGAUCGCACUAUUCCUUAUGUAAAACCAGGCCCUUGUUGAUGCCCCAUGACUUUUGUCAUCCUGACGUCGGUACUCUGCCACUGAGGAUACUGAAUUGAGUUGGAGUGAAUGCACUAUGCAUUAUGUGCAAUCAGGCCCUCGUUCAUCUCUCAUGACUUUCUUUAUCCAGGCGUUACUCUGCAACCGACGAUACGCAACAGAGACAACAUCGGCACACAUGUUGUGACUUUCUUCAUCUGGGCGUUACUUUGCCACUCUCUUCCACCGGCAAUAUGCAACUGAGGGCUCACUCACACUAGCACAUUCCAAAAUGCUUCUGACAGCAAUUGCAGCCCGACCUGGAUGAAUCCGACUGGAAUCACGUCCAGAGCUUGGUGGAAAGUGUCCUCGAGUGAGUCUACCCAGAGUUGUCGUGAGCACACUAUGUGUCAUGUGCAAUCAGGCCCCCGUUGAUAUCUCGUGGCUUUCCUCAUGCAGGAGUCGUUACUCGGCCACCUACGAUACCCUAGAUCAGAAGAGCAGCAAGCAACAGCAGCAGCGGUAUAGGUUUUUUUUUUUUUUUUUUUAAUAUGUGGAUUGAUUUUUGAGCGGGGGCAAGUUGGAUCGAUCUAUUGCUACUUCAUAUUCAUUUGUGUGUGUGUGAAAAAGAAAAGUCCCUUCUAUUCUGGGGGGCAUAGGAGCCGUGUUUCUUUUUUUCCCUUUUCACGGGAGAUUUUUUUAUCCAAUCACGUCUUCUACCGUCUACCCUGACUUGUAAAAGUAUGAUAUCUGAGCAAUGACAGCAAUGGCAGGAAAACAGGUUGUGCGGAAUUGGACCUGAAUCGGGAACCACUAAUCAGUUACGGGUUGUGCAGGACCAGAUAUGUCCAGGUUCUGCAGGAUUGGAUCAGAAUCGGGACCGCCAAUCAGUUACGGGUUGUGCAGGACCACAGAUUAAAUUUGCCGUGAUCAGUUGUGGAUUCUGCGGGCUUGGUUCGGACUCUCAAUCGGUUUGAGGUUUUGAACUCCUGAUCAGUUGUAGGUUUUGAACUCACGAUUGGGUAGAAAGAGGACCUCCCAGUUAAUUGCGGAUUCCUUGCUGGAUCAAGUUCGACUUCUCGUCAGCUGUCAAUUCUGCUGGACUGGGUUUGAACUCCAAACCAGUUGUUGGUUAUGUUUGGGUUUAGCAGAACCAGAAGACAGGGUUCGAACUUCGAACCCCCAGUGACUUACGGGUUGUUGUGCAGGACCAGGGACCAGAUUGGGUUUGAAGUCCCAACCAGUUGCGGGUUGAUUGGGUUCGAACGCGCAAUCAGUUAUGGUUUGUGCAGGACCAGAUUGGGUUUGAGCACUGCCAACCAGUUGCAGGUUGAUUGGGUUCGAACACGCAAUCAGUUAUGGGUUGUGCAGGACUGGGUUGGGUUUGAACUCCCAACCAGUUGUGGGUUGAUUGGGUUCGAACUGGCAAUCAGUUAUGGGUUGCGCAGGACCAUUGGGUUUGAGCUCCCAACCAGGUGUCGAUUCCACUGCGCUUUCAGUUUGACUUUAGGAUUGUGAUGAAGGUGGACUAUGUGCAGUACCAGAUUGGGUUUGAACUCCCAACCAGUUGCGGGUUGAUUGGGUUCGAACUCAUAAUCAGUUAUGGGUUGUGCAGGACCGGAUGGGGUUUGAGCCACCAACCAGGUGUCGAUUCCGCUGGAUUGGGUUUGAACCCCCAACCAGUUGCACUUUCGGUUUGACUUUAGGAGGGUGAUGAUGGUGGACUUUUCACCAUUGGAGUUUUAAGUCGAGGUCUCGGAUUCUUGUGUGGCGAGCUGUGCGAGGUUUGAAAACAAAAUAAGACUGGCAGCAGCAUCAGCAGGCAUCAACGCAUGGUCGUGACCGUCUGGUCCAUGCUGUUUGGUUUGAUUUGUCCGGCUGGUUUCGUUUGUCCUGUUCUCGUGAUAUGGGGAGGUCAAGCUUGGAACCUACUGUACACUGCAGGGGGUAAUCUGGCAAUAUGUCCAGGAGGCCCCGUACCUUAAAAUGCUUGUGUCUCUAGAUAGUAGUAUGGUGGGUUGUGCAGGACCGGACCGGAUUGGAGCUCUCAACCAGUCUGGAGAGAGGUUCGAUUAUCGCGUUUGGUUUGUGCUUUGCACUUCUUUAUUAGACUAAUACACUCCAAUUUGAUCUCUUAAGAUCAGAAUUCGCGAGUUGGCGACUCUUUUUUUUCUCUCCAACCUUUUGAUAUUGACAGCACCUGCUCUGAAUCCUGCCAAGCGCCCUUUUUUCUUGUAUGGAAUGGUGGCGGAAUGGUGGCGGCAAGAUGGUGGCGGAAUGAUGGCAGAAUAGUGUGGUGGAACGGUAGCGUGUGACGGAAUGGAAUACACAUUCAGACUGUGACCGCUCGUCCAUGGUAUAGGGUGCUAGGGGUUACUGAUCUACGCCCAUGUGGCAAAUGGUGGUGGAAUGGUGGCUGAGUGGUUGUAGAAUGGUGGCAGAACGGUGGCAGGAUGAUGGUGGAAUGUUGGCAGAACAGAAUGCACAUUGAGACUGUGAUUGCUCGUCCAUGGUAUAGGGUCCAGGGGUUACUGAUCUAUGUCCAUGUGGUAGAAUGGUGGUGGAACAGUGGCAGGAACGAUGGCGGAAUGGUGGCAGAACGGUGGCGGAAUGUGGAACGGUGGCGGAACGGUGGCGGAAUGAUGGUGGAAUGAUGGCGGAAUGCUGGCAGAAGGGUGGCAGAGUGGUGGCGGAAUGGUGGCGGAAUGGUGGCAGAAGGGUGGCAGAAUGGUGGCGGAAUGGUGGCGGAACUGUUGCGGAAUGGAAUAAACGUAGAGUAUUGAACUGGAAUGAUGGCGGAAUGGUGGCGGAAUGGUGGCAGAACGGUGGCGGAAUGGUGGAGGAAUGGUGGCGGAACGAAAUACACAUUGAGAAUCGAACUGCUCGUCCGCAGUAUAGGGUGCAGGGGUAGCUGGCAGAUGUCCGUGUUUUGGUUUUGGCCUUAAGGACCUAUGUCAGCUGGAAUUGAGAGUCUGGUUUUCACCAUCUGAUCAUGGCCAUCAGAUUUCAUUGCAAUGAAUCGAGAGUCUAGACAUAGUCCAGCAGGGCCUGAGUGUAGGGGUUCGAAGUUCAAAUCCUGCAAUAUUACAGUGCCAUCAAAUUUCCUUGCAAAGGAUCUAGAUAUAGUCCAGCGGGGCCUGGCGCUACCGUCUUCACCCGAUUACGAUGUACGCUCAUCGUGAAUGUAUACGAGCUAUGGGACCAGCAGGUGGGGCGUGGUGAUAAGUGUAAGCAAAAACAAGAAAGGGGAUAUUGGUGAAGUCAGCAGUACCUUUUCAGUGUGUUUUUUACGAAUUGAUUUUGUGACCGUCUUCAAGACGAUGGUAACAGCUUUGCAUUCACUACCCAUGAAAAAGUAUGACCACUUGCUUGGAUAUUGGUGAAGUCAGCAGUACCUUUUCAGUGUGUUUUUUACGAGUUGAUUUUGUGACCGUCGUCAAGACGAUGGCAACAGCUUUGCAUUCACUCCCAUGAAAAAGUAUGACCACUUGCGUUGGAUUAAUGACUGGAAUCGCCCAGACUUGAGUACGUGUGCUAUCCCCGCACUGGCGGGCCCCACUGGGCGCACAUCCAUGCUAAGGUAGCAUGAACUUGGCCACCAUUUUGACCAGCUCCCUGCUGGCUUAGGAAGGAUGGGUUAGCUUGUCUGAGCUUACCGGUUAGCGAGUGAGCAAGUGGAGUGCAAGUUCGCUGUUGCUUGUAGCGACGCGGCGAAAAACCCCGAACUUUUGGCCUUCCAUUAACCGCUAGUGCUGAGUUGGCCAGCAUGACUGGUCAACACAGUGGCCAGGGUCAUGCUACCCAAGCGUAUCGCUGUCAGGAGGACAGGAUUCUUCAGUUUUUUCAGCCUUUCAGGUACAAACUGUGGAUGAAGCAUCUCAUCACAAAGAAAUAAUCUAGUGGACCAUUGGCAGAAAGAGGGGAGAAAAGGACAAAAGGCUGGGGGAUGUGACAGACGGUAUGAAGCGUAUACAUAUAUCGCAUCACAAACAACCCCCCACCAGUCAGCGAAUAUGACAAGAAAGACAGAAAAGGGUAAAAGGCCAGGGGGGAGAGGGAGGAAGGGGUUGGGGGGAUGGGAGAUACAGACUGUUUUGUGUGUAUGCAUGCGUGUCGCCGCUACCAUUGGAAGGUCAUGGAAGGGGUGCAGGACCAGGAACAGAGCCAGGAACAGAGUCGGGAAUGAAAAUGGUGUUCAUGACGUCAGGGCUUUUUCAGAUCGUCAGCCUCAAACACAGAAUUUGAAUUUGACAGCAUCACAGUACUCUCCGACCAGCCGGGAACUCGGAAUGCGGAAGUCCAGAUGUGGAAAUCCAAGUGCGGGACAAAAAACUCCCAAAUGUGAAAACUACAAAUGGGGAACUCAAAAUUUGGAAAAGCAGUUGUUGAUCAGAUACCAGGAGAAAAGCAGCGAGGAAGGGACGUCAGACAAUAUGGCUACGCCGCUACGCAGAUACAAUCACCACAAACACAGGGGAUGCGGAAUAUACUCGACUCUGAGUCGACUGAUCAUUGCAGAACAUAGACAGGAAAGUAGUAAGGUAAGUGCAAUGAAGUCAUUGUCAAGUGUGAGAGGGGCAAUUGUUCGCAAGUGAGCGGAUGGGCGAGGACAAGGAUGUGAAAUGUACGAAAUGACGAGGGGCAUAGCAGCGAACAUGUGUGGCUGCGACGUCUCCUACCCGGUAGUGGUACCGUCUUUCCCGAUUAGAACGUAUGGUCAGUAUAGCUGUAUUUGUAGCAACUUUCAGUCCACACUAUACAACCUGUUGCGGCUUCGCAAGCAAAGCAGGAGGUUCGAGCAUAUUCAUGGCAGUUUGUCAUGCUCAACAGAAUUUACUGUUUUGCUUAGGGAAAAAGAGAAACGGAAGCAAAUGCCAAGAUGCCUUCGUGAGCACAUCACUGUUUCAAUGAAAACACUGUACUUUUCCAGAAUAGCGCUCUUUAUCCAAGUUUAUCGAUACAUGGAUAGUCAAAAGAUCGAAGGCCGCUGGAGGAACAAUUACCUUUUGAUUGUUUCUAGGGCGGGCGCAGUAGCAAUGAAUGGCUCGACUUCACUGAGCCAAGAUUGAGAUCUCAGUUUCUACACAAUAAAUCGGCAAGGCGAUC